AUGGAAAUUCAUAUUACUUCAAAGCAACUGGUUAAGCCUUCCUCUUCGAAACUUCAUCUUUUGGAGCCCUUCAAGUUUCCCCUUUUAGACCUACUCGCUCCAAGAAAGUAUACUCCGGGAGUCUUCUUCUACGCUAAACUCAGUGAUUCCGAUAUCGACAGUUCCCAAUUCUCAGAGCAACUAAAACAAUCACUCUCGAAAGCUUUGGCUCAGUUUUACCCUGCUUCUGGUCGGCUACUCAACAGCUCCCCAAUUGGCUGUUCAACUCAACAUCCUCAACUGCGGUGGGAUUGCACUUGCUUUGUGUGCUUUCCACAAGGUCUUCGAAGGAACAACUGUGUCUGCUUUCAUGAACAGUUGGGCAGCUUUCAGUCGUGGCUAAAAUGGGGAAAUACCAAAUCCUGGACUGUUAGGGGCAUCGUCAAUGACGUCCGGCGUAAGAUAACAAGGACUUACGUGUUUGAUGUCAAUGCGAUAUCGACUCUUAAGAUGAAAGCGAAAAGCAAAAGCUUGGAGCAUCCUUCCCGUGUAUUAGUUCUCAGUGCAUUCCUAUGGAAACAUGGCAUCCAGGCAUCUCGAUCAGAGUCAGGAACUCUAAAACCAGCUAUUUUAUGCCAGCCAAUGCAGAUUUUGGGUGGGGAAAGCCCACUCUCAUUAGCACUCCAGCGGUUGAUAACCGUAAUCGAGAUCUGCACAAUUGGUUCUAUAUGA